AUGAGACAUCCGACGCAGCUCGGGAGCCUGCUGGCUCUACUUUUCUUCUUGCUUUCCCCCGGAACAGCCUCAGACCCGCUGCCAUACAAUCCCACACGAAUACUUCUCGCCCCGAACUCGACUUUUGCAUACUUCUUUGAGCCUUCAAAUACUCAGGGCGUGCUCCGUGUGGUGGAUAUACAGGAUGCWUUUGCGACAAGUACACUCUCCCCGACGACGCUUAUGGGGAGUCUGCCUUUUCUCAACGACAAUGAGCUGGUGGCAUACAUCCCAAUUGUUGAGCCUUCAGGGGACAUCACAGUUGUUGCUGGAAGUUGUAGUGCUGGACCGGGGGAGACAAAGCUAUGGAGAUUCCAACCAGACUUGGGGAAGGGUGACGGGAGCGGGACAUGGACCUCACAGCAAACAUUGGCAGAUGGAUCAGAAGCAAGUGGUCUACCGGGAAUGACUUUUCURGGCAACGCAGUCGGAUUCGCUGCUGAUGUGAGUGGCAAUGCAAUGGAUCUGGAUUACUACAUCUUCGGAGGGAUGUGUCCCUUCCCCAACAGCACUGCGGAGACAUGGGUCAGCGCUGCGAACUACUCCAACGCGAUGCUCUCGUUUUCACCCAGUGGAAAUGGAUACGACAUUGCCGCAGCUGCCAAUCGGGCUCCACCCGUUGCUGAGGCUGGAUUCACCAUGACAGGACUCACACCAACAUUCUCGGUUCGAUCAAAUAGUGGCAAUCAGACUCAGCAACAAGACUUUUUGUUACUUGGAGGGCAUACUCAGGAAGCGUUUCUCAACAUGUCACAGAUUGCACUCUACUCUCUACCGCAGGAGAGCUGGACCUUUCUCUCGGUACAGCAGCCUUCCAGCACCAAGACUGAUCUGGCUCUCGCUGCUCGACAAGCUGCAACUGAAAUCGAACCAAGAUCUGGACAUACUGCAGUACUCUCCGAGGACGGCACGCAGGUUGUAGUUUUUGGUGGAUGGGUUGGAGACGUUUCGACCCCAGCCAUGCCACAAUUGGCAAUCCUCCACCUUGGAUCCGAGUACGGCGGAGAUGAAGCUGAAGCAUGGUCGUGGACUAUUCCGAGUCAGGAAAGCACUGGACUGGUUGCAGGCGAGGGCAUAUAUGGUCAUGGUGCAACUCUUCUUCCUGGAGGCGUUAUGAUGGUUGCAGGAGGGUACUCGAUUCCAGCCUCUCCUUCGAAAAGGAACGUUAAAAGAGCUGCUUCGGAAAAAACUUAUCUUUUCAACGCCACAACCGGUGCUUCGAUCGACACAUACAAUCCACCUGCCUACGUGGCACAGUUCCCAUCCGCCAAAGCCUCAUCGGAUGGACCUUUGAGGAAGACGUCACAGCAGACUGGACUCGGAGUUGGUCUUGGAGUUGGAGUUGUUGCAUUGCUGGUGCUGAUUUUCUUCUACUUUUGGUACGCACGACGUUUACGCCGCGCACGUGAGGAGCGUGAGCGAGAGUUGGUACAUUCUUCCGAUGGCUCUUAUGCAGCACAUGAGGAGCCAUUUUUGAGCAGCGGCGGAAUCGAUGGAAGAGGCGGUGAUCCAUGGGCGAUGAAAGACAAUCCCAACAAUCCCGAUGGAAUGGCACAGGCUGGAUCAACAGGUCUGUUCGUCAACGCACUGAGUCCGACUAGAGGGCUUCGAAAGGGACUGAUAUCAAAACCUUACAAUUACGAACAAGCACCGAGGUAUGAUGAGAAUAGAGCGAAUCGUGGCAGCGGUGGCAUCCAUCCUAUUUUGGAACGACAGGACGAAGAUGAGACUUCUCAGGAUGGCCACGUAUUUGCGACACCUCUACCUAUUCAGAAGAUCUAUCAGGCAGAAAGGGGCUAUGAGACCAGCCCAGAGAGGAGACAGAGGGAGUUGGAGGCUAUACUGAGCCGUAAUAACCCCAAGAAUCCUUUCGCAGAUCCACCACCCAAUCCUUUGGGAAGCCAUCCGGUGUCUCCAGUAAGCCCAAUACGAGAGGAUUUCUUUCAACGCGGAACAAAUACAAACAGACAGGGACAUUCCCCUACCCGCCGUCCGCUGACAGCAGAGACCGAGGGCUCGAUGAACUGGACAAUCGUUGAUGGCCUCGCUCAACCUUCAGAAAACUCGGGGUCAACAGGGCGCUGUUCUCCGACAAGAACUGAUGAUCGUACAUCCUCUACAUUGAGUGACCAGUCGCAGCGGUCUGUGGUCUCGGCAAGCUCAAUAACCAGAACAAUGUCAACACACACUGGCAAGCUUCUCGUAGCAGCUCUGGCCAAAGACAGCGCAAUAGGAUCUUUCGGUGAACCGUCUCCGAGGGAGGAAAGAGGCAACGCCAUGUCUAGUAGCGGCAGACGAUCACCAUUCCGCUUAUACAAUACAGCGCGAAUGCCUACGUACGAUGUCAAGGGCUCGAUGACCAACCCAGCACAAUCCACCGAUUCCUUCAAGACAGCAAGAUCGUCUUUUGUCCAUCUUCAAAGUGAAGGCGAGGCCUUGCUUGGAGGACGUCCGAAAGAUGACCCCUAUCACCGGGCGCUCGCCGCUCAUCAAUCCACUUCUGGUGGAGGAAUGUCACAUCUCUACAAUGAUGAUCCGUCAUCCACGCCUACCAGAAGAAAGCAGGGUUGGGUUGGCUCGCUCAAACGCGCUUUGACAGCCAUGUCCACAGACAGAACUUUCAGCUUCACCGCUGGUAGCGAAGUGCUCACAGCCCUCGCAGACGACUCGCGUACCUCGUCUUCAAGUCCUACCCGUCCCCAUCACCCCACAGAAGACUAUGGAGUGGCUCCCCGUCGCACAGUUUCCGAUGGCGGUGCACUCCUCAAGCAGAAGAGGGGUGAGAAGGAUUGGAGUGAGGACAACAAGACUGCUUACCGACGCUAUCGCGACGACCCGGAUCCCGGAGAUUGGGGCGAACCUUCGCAGAGCGCAGACUUCGAUGGGGAUAAUGAGUGGGAUGUGGAAGGCGAGGGAGGGAAGCGCGAUGUUCAGGUCAUGUUCACAGUCCCCAAAGCAAGACUGCGGGUCGUGAAUGCCGAUGUUGAGCGGGCGAGUCUGAGGAGUGCGAGUGAUGGGGCCAUUAGUCGGAGUGAGAGUAUCCAGAGUCUCAGGGCGAAAAGAAGCCGGACUGAAUGGGAUAGAGUGGUACCGCUGCCGAAGACGGCUGAGGAGCACGCGGAUGACAUUUUUGGGACCUCCGGGAAGAAGAAGGCGGUUUGA